CACCGCUUGCUGCCAUCCAUGCAUCCAGUCCUGUCUGUGGUACCUGCUGGCUGCUUAACUUAGCUAGCAGCCUUACCUAUCAGUCACUUAUGUUCAGGGAUAAUAAAAUGAACGACAGACAAAAUGAAUUUAUUUCGUUUUCCACUCGAUUCGCAUUUGCGUGUUAAGGAAGAGAUGGAUACCAUCCAUUCGGUUUUAGUAUUUUAGCUGUUACAGCGUUUUGCUGAGUCCAUUUUGCGUGAACUGGAAAAGACAAAGAGAAAAGAGCUUUCCAAUAACGUUAGCUAGAAUGGUUUGGGCCUAAAAAGAAGACAAGAGGACGUUGAACAGAUAAAUGAGGCAGAAGCAUGUGACUGCACGAUCACAUGACCCAGCAACAUGAACCGUGAGGACCGGAAUGUGCUCCGAAUGAAAGAAAGAGAAAGGAGAAAUCAAGAAAUCCAGCAGGGAGGAGGAGAGGCCUUUCCAGCAAAUUCACCUCUCUUCCCUGAACCCUACAAAGUGUCCAGCAAGGAAGAUAAACUGUCAAGUCGUAUUCAGAGCAUGCUGGGCAAUUACGACGAGAUGAAAGAGCCGAUUGGUGACACACUUCCUAAGCUUGGCGGUAAACCUUCUAACAGCUCCUCGUCCUCUGAGGAAAAAUCGGGUCCACCUUUAUUUGGCGGGGACCAGCGCGGCGUCGGUAGCGGUGGCAGCAGCCAGAGCAGCAAGUGGACUCCUGUUGGCCCUGCAGCAGGUGGAUCUUCAUCCCAGUCCCAGAAACGCUCUGGACUCCAGGGCGGGCACAGUAGCCAGAGAGGCAGUGGCAGUAGUGGCAGCAGCAGCAGUAGCCAAAGACACGGAGGGGAGGUGCGGGAAAAGAAGUCGAGUAAACACAGCGGAGGGUCAGAGCACUCAAAGUCACACACAUCUAGUCCAGCCAAGGGCUCUCUGAGUUCCUCUGGCAGCAACAGCCACUUGCGGAGCUCCUUGUCUGCCGAGCAGCAUCACAGCAAGGAACGCUACCGUUCCAAGUCCCCACGAGACAGGGAGGCCAACUGGGACUCUCCCUCACGGGUUCACACCACCUUCCCCACUGGACAGCACUCGAGUCAGGCCUUUCCCCCGUCUCUCAUGUCCAAACCCGGCUCCAUGCUGCAGAAGCCCACAGCGUAUGUGCGGCCUAUGGACGGCCAGGAAACUGCAGAACCCAAGAGCUCACAAGCAGAAAGCUAUAGUGGACAGUCACACAGCAGCACCAUGGGAGAGAUGAAGUCUAACAGCAAGGCCUCACUUUCCAAACUCAAGAUCCCCUCACAACCUGUAGAGGGAUCAGGUGACGCCAACUGUGUCGAUGAGAUUUUGAAGGAAAUGACUCAGUUGUGGCCCCCUCCGCUGACAGCCAUCCACACCCCCUGCAAAACUGAGCCCUCCAAGUUUCCAUUCCCCACAAAGGAGCCUCACCCUUUUCCAAGUGGACACAAGCGAGGUAGUUCUUCCAAGAGCUCCAGCAGCCACCAGUCCAAAGCUUGCGAUGAGCAGCCCACUAUGUUGGAAGAUGACCUGAAGCUCAGCAGCAGUGAGGACAGUGAUGCUGAACAGGAUUCUGCAAAGAACGCCUCAAGGAACACAUCUGCAAGCAAUAACAGUGAAGUAGCGGACCAAUCGAGGGAUGACUCAAGCAGCCACAGCGGCUCAGAGAGCAGCUCAGGCUCCGACAGCGAGAGCGAAAGCAGCACGACAGACAGCGAAGCCAAUGAUCAGCCGCGGCCCGCCUCUCCAGAGCCUGAACAACCCAUGGCCAACAAGUGGCAGCUGGACAACUGGUUCAAGAAGGCCAAGCAGUUCUCCCCAGCCUCUCCAGUGGACAAUAAUAUUCCAACCAAGUGCAAGAAGGAGGGCAGAGAUAACGGCUCAGGACGUGGCUAUAGUAGUCAGGGAGGGAGUUCAAAAGACUCAGCGGCACCGACCCCAAGCAGGGACCUACGGGCAGCACAGAAGGGGGCAGAGGGUGGCCGUGGCCGGCAAAAAUCCCCCGCCCAGAGUGAGGGUGGCACAAAUCCGCGAAGGAUUGUGGGUAAAAAACAGCCUAAAAAGUCUGAGAAGCCCCCAGUUGUGGAGGAGCCCAAGGGAGGUCUGAGGGUGGAGAGUGAGCCAGCUCCAGAGAUACCUCCUCAUCGGCCCAAAGCUGCUACCAAGGGUUCCCGCAAACCAAGCAUCAAAAAAGAACCGAAGUCCUCGCCGAGGCCCACCGCAGCUGCUGUCACCACUACUGCAGAUAAACGCAAAGCCAAGGCACCCACCAAGCCUUCCCAGAAAUCUCGUGAGUUUGUCGAUACAGACUCUUCAUCGUCAGACUCUGAGGGGAAUGACAGCAUCCCGUCAUCGUCGCAGACACCCAAGUACACGGAGAGUAUCAGGACCCCUGUGUGUGUGUUUUCGCCAAUGGAAGAAAAAGAGUUGUUGUCUCCACUCAGUGACCCUGAGGAGCGCUACCCUGCAAGGCAACCUCAGCAGCAAGUGUUACUAGUGAAGAUAGAUCUCAGCUUGCUGUCUAGGAUCCCAGGGCGGCCCUACAAGGAGCCUGUAGAGAUAAAAGUGGAGAGGGACGACUCUCAAGAUAGAGACAGCAAAGACUUCAGCAAACAGAACUCUGAGAAGAGCUCUAGUAAGGCAAAGAGGAAACACAAGAAUGAUGAAGAAGGCACCAAGCCAGAGAGCAAGCGAUGCAAGCUAGAAGAGAAGUCCCUAUCUAAUCAUAAAAACAGCAGUAAAGAGUCUAAGAGGUCUUUGGAGAAGAAAGAGGAGCCUGUCCCCUCUCCUUCCAUAUCAGGUCUUCAGCGGACGCCCAAGGCAGAGCAUCCGAGUCGAAAGAGGACAGUCAGCCAGUCCUCCACCUCUUUGUCCAGCGGGACAGGAAGUGGAAAGGAGGGAAGCCACAGUACCAAGGGCAACUCCACCUCCAAACACAGAAAAGGAGAGGACAAGGGACGCAGCACACGCGAUGGCAAGGAGAAAUCCUCAAAGGGCUGCGAUAACCAGCUGGCUGUGCUUCCACUCUCGACGGACGGCUCCAAGUCUCAAAGAUCCAAGCUGGUGUUUGAGGACAGGGUCCAUUCGGCAGAUCACUACUUACAAGAGGCCAAGAAACUUAAACACAAUGCAGAUGCACUGUAUUUGAGCAUAAUGUCCAAAAAGCAAAAAAACGGGUCGCUGAAAGAUGAGCAGUUGGACCGUUUUGAGAAGGCAGUUUACUACCUAGACGCUGUGGUAUCUUUCAUUGAAUGUGGUAAUGCUCUGGAGAAGAGUGCCCAAGAGGCAAAGUCUCCCUUCCCCAUGUAUGCUGAAACCGUGGAGCUUAUCAAAUACACUAUGAAGUUAAAAAGCUACCUGGCCCCAGAUGCUACUUCAGCAGACAAGAGGCUAGCUGUGCUUUGCCUGCGAUGCCAGUCUCUCCUCUACCUGCGGUUAUUCAAGCUGAGGAAAGACAGUGCACUAAAAUACUCCAAAACUCUCACGGAACACUUAAAGAAUUCUCUGAGUAACACCCAGGCUCCCUCUCCUGGAAUGGGAAACAAGGCAGCGGGUAUGCCCUCGCCUGUGUCUCCGAAACUGUCACCUGGCACGGCCGUCGGCUACUCGGCAGUCGUCAGCAGCAGCAGCAGCGCCAGCUCUUCUGUGACCAUACCUCAGCGUAUCCACCAGAUGGCUGCCAGCUAUGUUCAGGUCACCUCCAACUUCCUGUACGCCACCGAGGUCUGGGACCAGGCGGAGCAACUAUCCAAGGAGCAGAAAGACUUCUUCUUGGAGUUGGACAAGGUGAUGGGUCCUCUGAUCUUCAACACCAGCAGCAUGACAGAACUGGUGCGUUACACACGGCAGGGCCUCCACUGGCUGCGUCUGGACGCAAAGCUUAUUCCCUAGCGAGGACUGGUUCGCUGCAUGCUGCUUCCACACAGACACACAUGCACCUCAGCCUCUUGUGUUCAGCAACAUGUGCUCAAAGACACACAGGCAUGCCCUCUCAGACAGACACCUAUACAAUGAUGUACUGUAUGCACACACAAACAGUCCACCUCUGGUCCUCCAUGCGUGCAAACACACAUACACACACACACACAUACACACACAAAAUAUGAACUUUUCAGACAUAUCUCCAACACUGUGUCCAUUUUCUACACCAGCUUGCCAAAAACACUGAGCAAUCUAGAGCAUCUCACACCGUCAACAGCAGCACACAGGGAGAAGCAUCGAAACUGCAGCACAGGAACAAAAAGAGCUUAUCGCCAUGCUUCAUAUAUCAGCAUUCUUACAAUCUUUGAAGGCCAUGUUUUUAUCUCUUUGGCAUGGAAGCACUGGGUGAAUAAUUUCUUACGAAAACGCUUAACAAUGGGGUAUGGUUUUUAGGCUACUUUGGCUUUUAACUUUUUAUUUUACUUUCUUUCACCAAAGUACCUCCCAUAAACACCAAAGGUGCUUUAAAAUGAAGGUUUCUCUUUAUCAUUUUUGUGCCUUGUAUGUGAGCGACAGGAAAACAAACAGCCACCACUCAUAUCUUAUAAACUGAUUUAUUUUCCCUCUUUUUCUUGGUAUUGUUGUUACAACUCAUUUUAUGCAUUUUGCAGUUAACGGAAGCUGCUAACAUUUAUGUUUUUUAUUGCAGUCUUUCAGUUAACACAUUUUAGAGCAAAGAUGGCAUUAGCUACAAAUUAAGCUUCAUUACACCAUCUUGAUUUAUCUUUCCUCAGAGUCUCUAGGCGCUAACACUUAAUCAUAGAGCAUACCCACACGAUUUAAGGACGGACUGUAGGAAUAGCCACUGUGCACAUCAGAUUCUGACACACACAUAUUUAUAAAUGUUCUCUUUAUCGAUCAAUGUAUUUAUUUUUAACAGUGUCAUUUUCCGAAAUCAUUAACUACUUUUAGUUGUGCUAGAAAAUUGAAUGUUGGUCAGUUUGUUUAAACCACUGUGGUCUGGUUUGAUGCAAGGAGCAGCAUGGCCUCCAGGGGCCGCUAGCGGGGGCUUUUAGUCUCCUGGCCUUAAUACAAUUGAUCAUGUUAAGGUUCUCUCUAAGAGAUUUGCUGUCUUUGAAGCUCCAUAGUAUGAGUCUCUUCCUAUGAAGUGUUUUUACACUUGUAGCCAAAUUGUUUGAGAAAUGUGCUUGAGGAAGUCACUUCCAGACAGUGCUAAUGUUUUUUUGAUCCCCUUGUUUGCUCAGAGUGUAUUUUUCUAAGGAACAGCAGGGAGUGUCUCAAGUAUUGAAGAUCAUUUCCACAUGCAGUUAUUUACAUUGCAGUUUAUAAAGACUGGGCCUGAAUUGACCACUAAUUUGGCACAACAAAAGCUAAUUCAUCCGGAAGGAACGAUUAUGAGAGGCAAACUUAUCAGUGUUGCAUUUAUAGAACAAAGAGUUUUAAAUCUAUCAUUAUAUAUUUCAAAAAGAAGAAGUAUAACGGCCAAAAUAGAUUUUAUUUAUAUAGCAAGCAGUUGUUUUUUUCUUCCUCUGGCCAAACAGAAGUAUAACUUUUCAAAUGCAUUCUUUUAAAACAGGGUUGAACCAAGGGUUAUUAGAUGCAAAGUAUUUCUAUAUGUAAUUUUUCCUAUUUAAAUUUUAAUCCCACUUGUGUUACAAGACGGUAGAUAAGAAACAUGUCAACUAGUUGUUAGGCUGGGUAAAAAUGACAGAGUAAUAGUGACUUUUGAAUGAAGACGUUAAUAUUACACCCAUGAUUUCAUGAUUUCACUUGACAUUUGGGCGUUUGGUAUUGGCCAAUGACAUAGACUGUCUUUGUUUGUUUUUGUUCUAGGCCCACUCCUCACUAAAACAUGCUGGAAAUAUGAAUGCCUGGGUCAAAUAGUAUUCAUGAGAACUUUCAUUGGGUUGUUUUGGUUGAUGGUAGAUGUGUUUGGACAAGAGGAAAGUGACAAAGUUUCAGACCUAUAACAGUCUAACUUUCUGGCACUUUUCUUCCAUUUUCAAACAUUAAUUUGGUGCAUUGACACUUCAUCUUACACCUUUUUCAUCUCAAGACAAAACACAUCUUAAGAAAAUUACUAUUUGGCUCAGGUUUAACUUUUUUAUUUGGACGUUUUGUAUUUUCUUUCCUUCACUGGCUCCCUAACCUUUUAUUGUAGGAGGGGAUACUGUUAUUUCUUCUGGCACUUGAAAAAGAGAAAGCCAGAGGAGGUAUUAUUUUAAUCUAUGCAGGAUUUUUACAACAACAAAAAAAGAAUCCGUUUCUGUGAAAGAACUUUCAUGUUUUGGCUUGGGAUUUCAUUUUUUUCCCACUUGUUUUUUUUCCCGCCUCAGUGAGAAACCUGUUGAACUCAAGUGUCCAAUGCCUUUAGCUUUUGCAAUUUUGUGUACUGGUUUAGUAUAUGUGUGUAUAUAGAUCUGUUUUUAUAACCAAACACCGAUGGCUUGAGCCAUUUUGUACUUAAAGCUGGAGGCCACUUUUCUCAUAGGAAUUCCUCUGUGGGUUUUGCCAGCCCAGUUAAUGUCUUCAUACACUGGUACACUUUGUAAGUACAGGUCUGCGCCUUGUGUUCCCUACACUAUCUUGUCGUCAAAUGUGCAAAAUUUAGCAUUAGAGUAAUUUUUAACAGUUUGCUACUCACACUUAUUUAUUUUUCUGCCCCUUUGCUUAGUAUUUUUUCUAUUUUGCCAUUUUAAGAAGUACCAUUUUAUGAAAUAGGAAGAUGUAAAUGUAUUUGGGUUGUUCAUGAUGAGAUUUCCUUGUAAGUAGUAAUUAAUAUUAAUUCUAACUUGAAUGAAUCCAGGGUAAGAUGAUUUUUUUUUUUUUUUUUUUUGACAUUCAGUAGGAAGAUGUUAACACUUGCAUGUUUCUAUUUAAAUACAAAUGUAUAAAUUGUAAAUAUAACAUUUCUUUAAGGGUGAAUUUCUACUACAGGUUGACAUUUUUAUUGAAAUUAAAAAAUGCUGUAAAUACAUUUGUGAGAUACUUUAUGCACACUUUUUGUGUUAUCUUCUUCCAAGCUGUUACAGAGUACAUCCUAGUCUCUUAACACUGUAUAUCAAAUUGAUUAUUCGGUCCUUUUUUUUUCUUCUUUUUUUCUUAUUUUUAAACAGUGUAUGUAUACUUUGUCUUCUGCUUCACUGUCUCCCAGUAUCAUGGUCGCCACAUAAUCAUUAAUGUCUCUAGAUCCAAUAUUUUGUCUUCUCUGUAUUUGAUAUGGAGGUGUGUACUUUUCAUGAAAUGUAUAUUGUUCAUCUCAUGGGAUGGAUGGAUGGAUGGAUGGAUGGAUGGAUGGAUGGUUGGUGUGUACAGUCUGUUUUCUCCUCACGAGAGAUGUAUUUACUAUGUGUCCCUUUUGAAGAAUUGGUCCAACAUGUCUUUUGAAACAAAGGUAUUUCUCUACAGGUCAAAACAGUUGUAGCAGUUUAUACAGUAUGUUGUAUAACACCUUUUUUGCUAAAAAGUCGUCUCUAAAGUGAGACCAGCAGCAUACACUAUGUACAAUAGUCAAAGUUGGAUUAGUUUUAAGAAAACUGAUGAUAGAGAAACUAUAUAUGAUGGAGGCAAUAUGAUUAAAGGUACUCAUUGAGUUUGAUCUUCAAACUUAGGUUAUGUAAUUUAAAAGCAUUCUUGUGAAGUGAGUAUUAAUUGUGACUAAUGAGAGUCUGUCCUGAAUAUUCUUUGUAUUUUGCCGUAUUGAGAAUAAAAUAUAUAUGGAUAUGUUUAA